CAAUUUUGACCUUUGACAGGUACAAAGUGAAGUUGUUGUACUUGAGGAUUCAGAUGUAGCAAAGGCUUUAGUUGAAUAUGUCUCAAGACAUGCAGUCGACACUCUGUUACUCGGAACGGCUUCAAGAAACAGCUUUUCUAGAUUAUUCAAGGGUACAGAUAUACCAAACACCAUCUUGAAGUACACACCGGACUAUUGCAACGUUUACGUAGUGGGCAAAGGAAAAGCUGUAUCAGUCCGGUCUGCCACUCGCCCCGUCCCAAACUUGGUGACAAUUGAGGAGAUGGCACAACUCGAUACGCUUAACCAUUCGAGCGGGACGUACGAUGAACUCUCUACCUGUGAGAAUGAUUUCUCCCGUCCAAACUCGGGGAGACUGAGCACCGACAGCAGUUUCCUUUCCUUCUAUGAAGAUCUGGGAUUGGGACGCAUGAGCGAUUCUUCGGUGAGCUUACAUUUUGAAGAUGACGAAAUGUCCUUGCAGUCAAGCACGUUCCAAUCCGCUUUGGCACACGAGUCAGCGAUGCAAGAUGGUGAAGGGUCGAUGUCGCAGUCACCGUGUCUCGCUGAAGCAGUGGAAGAAGAAAUGUUAAGGACCAAAUUGGAGCUCAAGAGGACGAUAGACCUGUACCAUGCAGCCUGCAAGGAAGCAAUCCGAGCGAAGCAGACGGUGAGGGACUGUCACAAAUACCAGAACGAACUGGAGAAGAAGUUGCAGGAAGCACGUUCAUCGGAGCAAGCCGCAUUGGCAGCGAUGGAGAAGGAGAGAGAGAAAUGCAAGAUGGCAGCAAAGGCUCAGCGACUGACCGGCGAGGAGGUGGGGAAGAGAUUGGAUGCCGAGAAAAAAGCGUACAAGGAGGUUGAGUACUGGAGCUUGUUCCACAUAAUGGUGGUUUUGAUAUUCUUCUAUGUCUAUUUCAUCUAUUUGAAUUGACUUAUAUGUCAAAGGGCUGGUUCACUUGUCAUAUUAGGACAUGAAUGUUUUGCUGAACGAAC